AUGUCUGGAACUACGCCUACCAUACCGGAAUUCUACGCUGGUCAGACUCUACUUAUUACAGGAUGUACAGGGUUUAUGGGCAAAGUUUUAUUAGAGAAGUUAUUACGUUCAUGUCCUGAUAUUGAAUGUAUUUAUGUUUUGAUACGACCGAAACGAGGCCAGUCUGUAUCAGAACGUUUAGACACAUUAUUAAAAUCAAAGUUAUUUGAUAAACUACGUAAUGAUAAUGUGGAUAUCAACUCUAAAGUGAAACCAAUUAUUGGUGAUAUCAUAGAGAAAAAAUUAGGAAUAUCAGAGGAGGAUAUCACAACUUUAUCACAAUCUGUUUCUGUUGUCUUUCAUUCUGCUGCUACUGUUAAAUUUGAUGAAGAACUCAGGCUUUCCCUCCAGAUGAAUGUUAUAGGUGUUAAAAGUUUAAUAGAAUUAUGUCAUAAGUUUACCAAAUUAAAAGCUUUAAUCCAUGUGUCUACGGCCUACGCUAACUGUGAUAAGAAAUUUAUAGAUGAACGUGUUUAUGAUCCACCAUUGAAUCCUAAUAGAUUAAUAGAUGCUGCUGAAUGGAUGGAUAAUGAAGCUAUGAACUCCUUAACUGGUAAAUUAUUAGGAGAUAGACCUAAUACCUAUACUUACACUAAAGCUAUGGCUGAAUAUUUAUUAUCACAAGAAUCCAAGAAUUUACCAGUAGCCAUUGUUAGACCUUCUAUUGUUGGUUCAUCAUGGAAAGAACCCUUUCCUGGUUGGGUAGAUAAUUAUAAUGGUCCUACAGGUUUACUUGUUGCAAUUGGUAAAGGAGUAUUGAGGAUGAUGAUAGGUGAUUUUCAUGGUACAGCAGAUAUUUUACCUGUUGAUAUAGCUACUAAUUUAAUGAUCACAGUUGGAUGGCAUACAGCAGUUAAUAAGCCUGAUAAAAUGUUAGUAUUUAAUAACACCACAGGGCAAAUAAACCAGUUAAAAUGGGGACAAGUUGAACGUUGGUCACAUGAAUAUUUAAUGAAGAAUCCAAUGGAGCUGGCUAGAAUACCUAAUCCUAGAUUUACAAAAUAUUCAUUAUGGAAAGAUAUUAACGUUAUAUUUGAUCAUUUGUUACCAGCUUAUGUUAUGGAUUUUUAUUUAUGGGUUGUGGGACGUAAACCUGUAUUUGUUAAGAUUCAAGAUAAAAUAUGGAAAGCUGUCAAAAGUUUAGAAUUUUUUACCAGUAAUGAAUGGAAAUUUUCUAAUGAAAAUAUAUUUAUGUUGGCAAAUAAAAUGUCUCCACAAGAUAAAGAGACAUUUGAUUUUGAUGUAAAGAAAGUAGUAUGGAGUAAAUAUAUGGAGAACUAUUGUCUUGGUGCUAAACAAUUUGUAUUAAAAGAAGAUCCUGAACAGUUACCUAGAGCUAGAAGAGCUUUACAGAAGUUACAGAGAAUGCAGUUUUUGAUGAAUGCUGUAGUAUUUAUGGUGAUAUGGAGAUUGAUAAUCAAUCGGGUUCCGAUAGCUAAAUCAUUGUGGAACUUAUUAUUAGGCUGGGCUUCCUUUAUAUUUACUAAAUUACCCAAGCUAGCACGAUCUACAUAAUAAUAUAGAAUUAUGUGAGCAAACAUAAUCAAACUAAUAAUGACCUUUUCUGUAGCAUGAAUAUAUCACCCUUAUAUGAAGUUAAAAAAUGCUGAUAUUUUAGCGUGAUUUUUGCUCAACACGAAAAACAAUUUGUUAAGCGACUAUUUUGCUAUAUUAAUUGUUAUAUAUUAUGCUAUAUCAGUAAUUCGUAGCAUUAAUGAAACUUCAGAUAUUUGUGAUUCUAUAUUUUUAAAGUUUAUUUUGUUGUAUUUGUUACCCCUGGUAGGUACUAGAUUAUCCAGUAUGAAGUUUUUAAUUAUGAACCUACCACCUCAGACUUCUGAUAAAUAUCUCAAGAUAUCAAGAAUUAAAGAUGGGCGGUAUGACUAAUCUGAUUUAACAUAUCUUAUCUUAGCUAUUGUGUUUUUAGCAAGAUUUGUUUGUUUUUAUAAUGAAGCUUUAGUGCCAUGACUGUUUAUUGUUUUAAUAUCAAAGCUGUUAAACUUGGGUUUAGUUGAGCAGAUAUUUGUGCACAUCUGUGUAUAUUUCUAAACUUCAGUAGUCCAUGUUGUUUGAGGUAAUUAUGAAUACAUGUUUGACAUUGUAUAGUUUCAAAUACUAUUCCUUCUGUUUUGUGAUUUGAUUAAUCCUUGAUUGUGCAUUAUCUUCUUUGCUUAAAUAGCACUAUAUGGAUCUUGCUUUAAAUAUGCACAUUUGGAUAAAUAUACAAAGGUUUGGAUCUUUGCUUAAGUAUACACGUGUUUGGAUCGUUGCUAAAAUAUACACGUUUUUGGAAUUUUGAUUAAAUAUACACAUUUUUGGAAUUUUGAUUAAAUAUACAUAAGUUGAAAUAAACAUACACGUUUGGAUCAUUGCUUAAAUAUACACGAGUUUGGGACAUUGUUUAAAUAUACACAAGUUUAGGUCAUUGGUGUGACAACCAUUUCUUGGUAUAGAGUUUUAACUAAAACCUGGCUUGUUUCUAACAGUUCUUGACUAUAAUAAUAUUUGUAUUGUGAUGCCAUAUUCCCAAAUUGUAAUAAUUUUUGUGAGUGAGAAUAAUUUAUGUGUUUGAUUGAUAAUUUUGUAUUGAGCUUAAUUUUUUUUAAAUGUUUCUUAAUUUUGUGGUAGUCAUUUGUGAAAUAUGCUGUUUUGUUUUAUUGGUUAUGUAGUUUCAGUGACCACAGACAAAUUCUUCUAAAAAAUUUCAUGAUAUUUUCAUUAAUUAUUUAAAUAGACUAUCUUUUGGUAGAAACAAUGAUUAAAAACAAGUCAUUUUCUUUUACAAAAGCUAUAGUCAUUUGCUUAUAAAGAAGCCCACCAAAAAAUAUCAUUAGCUAUAAUAUUUAUAUAUAUAUAUAUAUAUUUUUACUGCAAAGUGAUUGUAAAGAGGUUUUCUAAACAAACAAUUACAAAAAUCACAGAAAAUUGAAAUGGUCCAAAUCAAUGCUAUCAGUGAUACACUUAAAAAAUUAAUAUAACCUUUUUACAAUCUCUUUAACUUGUAUCUUUAUGACUCAAAAAAAUUUUUUAUGCUUGUAAAUAUGAUUUUUGGUAAAUUCUUAAUGAUAAUAUUUUUUUAAUUAGAAUUUAGCCAAAAUAUUUAUGAGUUGAAAACCUGAUAUAAUUAUAAAAAUAUUCAUCACUUUUAUUUAAAAUCUUUUGUAAAGCAUUAUGAUUUUAUAAAAUAUAUAUUCAUUUAUCAAUCAUACUAAAUAUCCAUUUAGUAAAUAUUAGUUACAGUGAAACCCCUUUGAACAGACUGCCCACUGAACCAACAGAAAAUACUGAUUUGAGAUAAUCUUUGAUGAGAAUAAUCUUCUCAGUAAUAUUAAGUUUAACUCACCACGUUUAUGGUUUAAACUUC